AUGGCGCAAACCGCCAUGAGCAGGCUCUUCCGCCAGAACACCACCAGCUCAGUGCGACAAUGCCUGAGACCGGCACAAGCCCGCCGCUAUGCGUCAAACUCAGCAAUCCCAUCUUUCACCUCGACAUCCUCCCCGGAGUUAAACGACGCAUUAGCCCGCUUCCGCAACGAGCUCUUCAUCCCCCUUGGCCUCCCCAAACGGCAGCGAAAGAGCGUGCUGAAGCCCAAAUACGCCCAGCAACUGCAACAUGAGCCAAUCACAGUGCAGAUCAGCGAAACCGAAGAGUUCACGCUAACGCCCAAGAACCGGCACGAACUGCCCUCGAAGCGCGAGGCAAUCAGCGUCCUCAACAUAAUGGUCGCAACCAAGAACUUCAGCAACCUCUUCCCCUUCCUCAGCGGCCUGCGCAUGUCAAACUACAUCAUCAACAACGACCGCUGGGAAUACAUCAUCCGCAAAGUCAGCGAGGCAGGCAAGCUGUCCGUCAUCAUCGAGUGCGCCAGACAGUCCAAGCGCACUGGCCUCAGUCUCGCCGACAAGGGCAUCGCCCGUCGUCUGUUCUUCGAGUUGCACCAGACUGCUUCCCGCGCAGACUUUAAGGGCGAUGAGACCGCCAAGGCGCUGAAACUCGCGCAGGAGGCUGCUAAACUCAUGGAGGCGCCGGAACAUUCUGUUAAGGAGACUCAGGUUGAUCCUAAAUGCCAGCCGUUCGUUAUUGGUACGCUUUUGGAGCUCAGUGCUUGCUGUGCGCUGAUGAGCAAAGAUGCGGCCGAUGUGCAGACUGUUCGUGACUAUGCUCAGAAGCUCGAUGCUGCUUGGUCCCGCGGUGAUUUCAAGAAGGCGGCUACGCCCCUUGAGGCCCAGCUGAGACUUGAGGAGAAUCUGGCUGUUUUUAAUGGUAUGCGGUUGAGCCGUGCGGUGGACAAGGAUGGUCCGGAGAGUCAGAUUUUCAAGACUCGCAUUGCUGAGCUUAAACCUGUGCUCGCUGGGCACUUGAAGAACAUCAAGAACUCGCAGGUGCUUGGUGACAAUAUUUCUAUGCUAUUAUUGGCAGAGGCUGGGAGAAAGGAGAAGGCAGAGAAGGCAGAGAAGGCGGAGAAGGCAGAGGAGGCGGAGAAGGCUUAA